CAAAGAAGAAGUAAAAUCAGAAGGACCUUCUUCCUGUUUUGAAACGGGCAGCUUGAUACUCAUCGUGAUGAUAACAAUGAUGAUGAUGAUGAUGGUGGUGAUGAGGAUGUUGUGAACGCGCGUUCAUUGAUCUGUACAGGUCGUCCUGUUGAAGGCAUGGCUGUGAGCUCAGGCUGUAAUACUGUGCUGAUGUCGGUGCGGGUGUCGGUUCGGCCGCUCUCAGUGGGCUCAGACUCUCUGCGGCUGCAGCUCAGUAUGAACCCGAACCGAGCGGGACUCUUCACACUCACGCUCAGACACACCGACCGUGGAGGACGCAGCGUGUCUCUAGCAGAGUUUGAUCUGCGAUCAAUGAAGUAUGAGGUCACAUCGGCUCGAAGUCACGAACUUCAUCUCACCAAGCCACCUCAUGACUGUCUGACGUUUACCUUUCGCAGUGAGCAGGAGGCCCAGGAGUGGGCAACUGUUAUGAUGUCAUCGCUCAGAGAGGCACAGAGAGUUGCCAACAUUUCACAUACGUCAAAUGAUGAACUACAGUAUAUGAAGUGUGAAGAGAAAGAUUCUGUCGCUCUUAACAAAAUGUCGCUCUUAACAAAAGAGGAGUUGUGUAUAGAGCUUUCUCGAGCAAUAGAGGCAGGAGACACUCAUGCAGCGGUUCGGUACACCACAGAUCUGGCUCAGCAGCAGACAGCACUGAGUAUUCAACCAGCUAUAAAGGACACUGAGGACAAAGAGAUAAGCUUAGCAGUGGUAGUAGAGGACUCGUCAUCCUCCUGUUGCGUCACAGUUAAAAUCCUCCCUCAUAUGACUAUUGCUUCUCUUAAGCAGCAGAUGUUUCUUGAGUAUGGUUUUCACCCCAGGGUGCAGCGAUGGGUGAUCAGUCAGUGUCUGUGCACUGAUAGCCGUUCUUUAGCGUCGUACGGAGUCUGCAGGGAUGGUGACACAGUAUUUCUCUACCUCCUGUCUGCCCGUCAUGCCUGCCUCAGUCACCAGCUGUGUCAGCAGGACCAGAAGAACGCCUUCCUGACGCCCGCACCGCCACCAGCCCUCAUAACGGCCCCCACACCAUCCAGCAGCGUCCCCGUCAGCCAUGACUGGAGAGGCUACAGCACGCUACCUCCCCGAUUUAGCCACAGUAGCACAGGUGGUAGUGGGUGUGGCACAGAGAAAACUAGCGACAUAAUUAACUUUGAGAGAUUGCAACUUGGAGGGUCCAAACUGAAAACAAGUAACAUGCAGUCAGGAUGGUCUUGUCCUUCCUGUACAUUCAUAAAUAAGUCCACAAGACCAGGCUGUGAAAUCUGCAGCACAGAUCGACCCAAUCUUCCCAAUCACAGUAGCGUUCAACAGGAAAAAGUACGAAGAUCUGAUCAGUGAAACUGGGUUGUAAAUACACAAGUAUUCAGACAAAAAACUCAUUCAUACAACAUGUGACGUCUGUGGAGGUACAACCAAACUCCAGUUCUCAUCCUUCAUCCUGAAGUCCUUUACUUCUACGGUAGUUGGCUUUCAACUAAUACUCAAACUCCCCCAGUGGUUAUAUAGUAGGGCUGCACAAUGAAUCAAAUAAAUCGUUGAGAUGACAAUUACAGCUUGGGCAGUUAGUAAGCAUAUCAUUUUGGUCUACUCCAGUUACAUCAAUAUGUUUUUUUGCAGGGGUUGAGCAUUGUAACCAAUCACAGACAUGCGCAUUGCUCUUUUUCUGUGUUUAAUUUACUGUUUUUCAUGAUAAUAAGAGGGCCGAUGUGAUUUACUGGUGUAUAUAUAAAGUUUAUUUACUAAAACAGUAAAGUUAGUCAGGAACAUCAUUCCUUCUGCUUGUUUUGGAUGUGUAGCCUACAUAAUAUUACAUGCCCCACACUAAAUAUGUAUUUGAAUUUCCAUCCAUCCAUCCAUCUUCAACCGCUUAUCUGAAGUCGGGUUGCGGGGGCAGCUGCUCCAGCAGGGGGCCCCAAACUUCCCUAUCCCGAGCCACAUUAACCAGCUCUGACUGGGGGACCCCGAGGCGUUCCCAGGCCAGUGUGGAGAUGUAAUCUCUCCACCUAGUCCUGGGUCUUCCCCGAGGCCUCCUCCCAGCUGGAUGUGCCUGAAACACCUCCCUAGGGAUGCGGCCAGGGGGCAACCUUACCAGAUGCCCAAACCACCUCAACUGGCUCCUUUCGACGCAAAGGAGCAGCGGCUCUACUCCGAGCUCCUCACGGAUGACUGAGCUCCUCACCUUAUCUCUAAGGGAGAAGCCAGCCACCCUUCUGAGGAUGCCCAUUUCGGCUGCUUGUACUCGCGACCUAGUUCUUUCAGUCAUGACCCAGCCUUCAUGACCAUAGGUGAGGGUAGGAACAAAAAUUGACCGGUAGAUCAAGAGCUUUGCCUUCCGGCUCAGCUCUCUUUUCGUGACAACGUUGCGAUAGAGCGAGUGCAAUACCUGCCCCGAUUCUCCGGCCAACCUCCCGCUCCAUUGUCCCCUCACUCGUGAACAAGACCCCGAGGUACUUGAACUCCUUCACUUGGGGCAAUACCUCCUUCCCUACCUGGAGUACGCACUCCAUCGGUUUCCUGCUGAGAACAUUUACAUUUAAUGUUAAUUACAAUAUGAAGGGAAAUAAUUGACAAUUAUUUAUUUUUUUGUCAUAAUCACGCAGCCCUCCUAUAAAGAAAAAUGUGGGUAAUCUAACUUGGUUUUCAAGGUAUUGCCACAGUGCGGUUGUCAGUCUAUAGUAACUUCAUGCCAAAAAAUGGAAGAAAAUGGAAGUUCUUAGGAUAAAUUAUAAGAAAUAAGAAGUUUUGCUAUUCAUUCACAAACUCAUUUGCUGUGCUGUCUUUGCUCACCCGUUUACAAAUCUGAACUCACUACACAGUGAGCAAGUCGAUGUCCCUUUCCAUAUCACAUGGAACAAGACAAAUAUUCAAAUACAUUAUUUCAUUUAUAUGCACUUGGCUCUAUUUUAGGGGCUUAAGCUUCAAAUGUGGCAAUUACUUCAUAUAAUUACAUUAUAUGACCAGGCCAGUAGUACAUAGCAGCUCAAUGAAACGCUCAUAAAUGCAUGUGAUGUCAAUUUAAAUCAUUCCAAUCUUACUGACUUGGAAUUGUCAUUGAAGCCUGUUCAUGUUUGGAACAAACAUACAACUACAUGCAGACACAGGGUUAUUCAUUGCAUUUAUAUUUUUAUCAAGCUUAUUUAACGAACUGUGUUGUUUUGGGUUUGAUUGAUUUAAUUGUAAUUGAAUUGAAUAUGCGUUAAUUGUAAAUUAUCAUUGUUUUAUUGUAUUGUAAAUGUUAAUUUUUUCUUGCCAAAACAUGUAACUGCAUUUGACCAUGACACUGCUGUGAAUAAACAUAUAAUGGAUAGAAGUUAAAGAGUAAUCUUUAGCCUCUUGAAAUGUGAAUGGUUUUAAUGUUUAGUUAUGGAAUUUGUCCUCUCUUGAAUUGCAAAUUUACACAUUUUACCUUCGUAGGUAAUUACCUUUACCUAUAGUAGUUAAUAGAUUGGUCUUUAACUUGCAUGAAAUGAAACUAUUAUAUCAGCUCUGAGGUUUGAAGGCUUUAUGGACACUGUUUUAGUUUCAUGCAAGCUAAGUAGAUUUAAAUGGAUAGUUCACCCAAAAAUAAAAAUUGCCAUUAUGUUUUUCCAAACCUGCAUGACUUUUUCUGUGGAAUACAAGAGGAACAUUUUAAUUAGUAUCCCAGUCUAUCUAUACAAAACAAUGGCAUUUGAUAUUGACUCGAUUAAAAAAAAAAGCAUCCAAACAUAUAAAAGUAGACCAUGCCAAAAAUAGUCCAUGGAGCUGCCAUUAACUGCCUUUGUAUUGAAUAGAUGGAAUUAUCUGAAGGUGUUUAACACUUUAUAAUAACAUAGUAUAAUGUAUUUCUAUUGCAUUAGUUUAUAAUUAAUUGAUA